AUGUACACCAAAGUGAAGACAGAACAUUACAUCUUGGUCACCCUAGCGGCAUGUAUAUGCUACCUAAAUUCACUGCAGUGCGGAUUUGUGUUUGACGAUAUGUCAGCAGUAAGAGAUAAUCGAGAUUUGAGGCCCCAGACACCACUUAGCAAUCUCUUCUGGAAUGAUUUCUGGGGAACUCCGAUUCACAAGGAACACAGCCACAAAUCCUACAGACCUUUAUGUGUUCUCACGUUUCGGUUGAACUACGCAGUGCACGAGCUUAACCCGAUGGGAUUUCAUUUGGUGAACGUUGCAUUACACGUCGUAGUUUGCAUUCUCUAUCUCAGAGUCUGUCACAUGUUCCUAUCUGACUUGGCAAGCUUGGUUGCGGCUAUGUUUUUUGCCAUCCACCCCAUCCAUACGGAAGCUGUGACAGGUGUUGUAGGCCGAGCAGAAACGUUGUCGUCCGUAUUUUUUCUUCUUGCUUUCAUUGCUUAUACCAAGUGCAUGUCGGGCAAAGGAAGAAACACAGAAUGGCCGCUACUCUUGGAAUGUGUGUUUCUCAUGACAGUAGCGACACUGUGUAAAGAGCAAGGAAUUACUGUGGUCGGAUUGUGUUGUGCAUACGAAGUGUUUGUUGCUCAAAAGUUACGACUUCCAGAUAUCCUCCGUAUAUCUCAGAAUCUGAUGACUUCCAAAUCCCCACCCCCUCCCUGGCUACGUGAAGCUGUAACUCGAAUGGUUAUCCUUGUUGUUGGUGCCUUGUUACUUUUAUUCGGGAGAGUGAGGGUUAUGGGCGCCCAACUCCCCGUAUUCACCAAGUUCGACAAUCCAGCCGCUGUGGCGGAUGUCCCAGCACGGCAGUUGACGUAUAACUAUUUACUGCCAGUUAACGCGUGGCUGAUGUUAUUUCCUUGCGACCUGUGUUGUGAUUGGACAAUGGGGACCAUACCUCUGGUGGAAACCUUUACGGAUCCAAGAAACAUUUUUUCGGUUGUGUUUUAUCUUUUCUUCGGCCUCCUGAUGUGGAGUGGACUAAGUUCGGACGAUGACCACUCAGAAGUUGUUAUUAUG